GCGACCGGACCUUGUCCUUCGAACUUUGCAGAAAAGCAGCAGUCGACUGAGCCGCUUGCACCUGGUGACUUGCAAGAAGUUGAAGACUUGCUUGGUGACGACUUUGACGACGAAGUCCAAGGCCAGACAAUGUCGAGCAGUGAAGUUGAGGAGGACUUGGAAGUUACAGUCGCGGUGAAUCAAGAUGAGAAGAAACUUUUGCUGAUGAAGACACUUGAGAAUCCGCACAUUUGGUACCACACAGAAUUUCCGCACGAGGAAGAGGCUGCAGGAAUGACGAAGGAGAUGAAGUCGAUGCGUGACUUUGGUGUCUUUGAUGAGGUGGACAUUGACAAAGUCCGUGUGAAGCUUUGGAAUCAGCUAUCUCCACGAAGCUACACGCAGCAGGUGGAGGACAAGGACGAGACUUUCGCCUCUACCCCCUCCUUCACCACACUCCCGUUGCUCCUGACUUUGGCCAUAGCCAUGGGAUGGCACAUAUCGAUGGGCGACAUGUCCACGGCUUUUCUUCAUGCCCUUGUAAACGAAGACUUUUACCUCCGGAUUUUUAUCCGGAAGGACGCACUUUGCGACCUUGUGGAAGCUUCGUAA